CUGAAAACCCCUCUAAAUACCCAUGCAGAGUUUGUGAUAAAAAAUUCAAAACUGCACCCUCUAGACGACAGCAUGAAGUGCGGCAUGGUCCCAAAACAGAGUAUUGCGUCGAGUGUGGCAAACAAUUCUUCAGGAAGAGCGAAUUAUUGCGCCAUAAGCAGUGCCAUAGUAUUGAAACCAAGUAUGUUUGUGACAUAUGUGGAAAUUCCUUCAAUCAGAGAGACACCUUACAGAAACAUAUACAUUCCAUUCAUGAUGGUAUCACAUUUACCUGCAAUAUUUGCCAUAAAGUGUACUCAUCUAAAUCAAGCUUAAACAAGCAUACACUGUCACAUAUGGAAAACGAAGAGUGUGAUUUGUGUCAUAAAUUGUUCAAAAGGUCUUAUAUACAAGAACACAAAAAACUGUGCAGCAAUCCAGUACGAGAAAAGAUACAUAGAUGUAAUUUGUGUAAUAAAUCUUUCUUUGAGCAGAGAUAUUUGAAAGAACAUAUGAACUAUACUCAUGGAUCACAAAGAUAUUCAUGCCCAAUGUGUGGGGCUCCUUUUCAACAUAGAAAAUCUUUGCUUGAACAUAAAAGGAAAUGUUUAAAGACAGACUGACUGAUAUGCCAAGCUACAAUAUGAUGGCCACAAACAAAACCACCAGUUCUGUUUCUUGUUAAUAUUUUUUUGUACAUUGUAUUUAAAAGAAAGAAAAAAGUGUAUUGAAAUUUAGUUAAAAUGCUUGUAAAUGUGACAUAAAAAUAUGUGACAUAAUCUUCAUAUAAUAACUGGAAUUUGAUGUUUCAACCUGUUUGGAAUACUUUAUCUUGAUGUUUCAAGUCUCUUCCAGACGACUGAUGAAUUCUGCUUGUUUACUCAUUAUUGUAGGAUAUUUACAUUUUUUUUUAUUCCAUUGGAUGCGACAACAAAUGGCGUAUCUCUUACUAAGGGAGGUAACUUCAAUACAUAAGUUCUAAUCUGGAACAGACUAUAUUACUUGUUAAUAAAUGAGUGUAGAGAUAUUUAUAGAUCUGCAUGU